GGACCCUGAGCUAGCAAGCGAGAGAGUGAGCAAGGACUCCAGCGGCUGUACCAUCCAGGUGGGGAAGCCAUUCAUUCUUGGGAGAUGGGCCUCUGGGUUGCCUGACAAGGUGUAUUCAACAGGUCGGUGUGACAAGAUGGAGGCCAACUUCUCCCUGCCCACCAAUACGACCACCCCAGUGACGCAGACUGUCUCUGCCGGGUACAUCGCCCUGGAUGUCUUCUCUUAUUUGGUGCUGGUGGUCACCUUUGUCCUGGGCGUGCUGGGUAACGGGCUGGUGGUGUGGGUGGCCGGCUUCCGCAUGACCCGCUCAGUCACCACCAUCUGUUACCUGAACCUGGCCGUGGCUGACCUCUCUUUUACCUCCACCUUGCCGUUCCUCAUGGCGUCCAAGGCCAUGGGACGCUGGCCUUUCGGCUGGUUCCUGUGCAAGUUCAUUUUCACUGUGGUGGACAUCAACCUGUUCGGGAGCGUCUUCCUCAUCGCGCUCAUCGCCCUGGACCGCUGCGUGUGCGUCCUGCACCCGGUGUGGGCCCAGAACCACCGCACGGUCAGCCUGGCCCGCAAGGUGAUUGUGGGGCCCUGGGUCUGUGCUCUUCUCCUCACCCUGCCAGUGAUCAUCCGUGUGACCACGGUGACCAACGUCCUGGGGCAAACUGACUGUACCUUUGACUUCUCACCUUGGACCCAAGACCCCUUGGAGAAGGCCAGGGUGGCCAUCGCCAUGCUGACCGUCAGAGGCAUCAUCCGCUUCAUCAUCGGCUUCAGCGCGCCCAUGUCUGUCGUGGCCAUCUGCUAUGGGCUCAUUGCCGCCAAGAUGCACAAGCAGGGCCUGAUCAAGUCCAGCCGGCCCCUGCGGGUCCUCUCAUUUGUGGUGGCUGCCUUCUUCCUUUGCUGGUGCCCCUUCCAGCUUGUGGCCCUCAUCGCCACCGUCAGGAUCCGUGAGCUCUUGAGUGGCCUGGGGAGCGGCCUUGUGAUUGCUGUGAAUGUGACCAGCACCCUGGCCUUCUUCAACAGCUGCCUCAACCCCAUGCUUUACGUGUUCAUGGGGCGGGACUUCCGCGAGAGGCUGAUCCACUCGCUGCCCGCCACACUGGAGAGGGCCCUGAGUGAGGACACGACCCAGACCAGCGACACGGGGACCAACUCUGUGUCGCCUCCUGAAGGGGCUGAGGAAAAGGCAGUGUGAGAACUAGGGUUGGGGGCCACUUUCUUGGUCCCACUUCUCAACUUACCUCAUGUUCCCCACCAUGCA